AUGGAAUCUCCUCCAUCAAGGUUGGCUCCCCAUUCAAGACCAAUCUCUUCAUCGGCUUCUUCCGGUGUUGGAGCCGCUACUGCACAUGUCGACGGCAUCGGAGCUCCGACUUCCGUUGAUUCCUCAGUCCACGGAUGGCUCAUGAGUGUUCCAGGCUACGGUGAAAACAAUACAACUUGCAGCAGCAACAACAACAACAACGUAGAAGAGAUGGAUAGCAAGAACAAUAGAUUAUUGUUUGAGGAAAGACGACGUAAUCAUCGUUCAGCAUCUAUUUCAUCCCUUGGUUCAACCGAUAGUGCCAAUCUUGACGAUUUGAUCAGAAACAAUUGUGUCGCACAAGUGGAUGAUGAGACAGAUUUACCAGACUUGGCCGAUUUGGAUUUGGACGAUUCUGCAGAUGAUUUUUGGAAGAUGAAUGAUAUCUUGGCGGAUGGGCAUCCAAAUGCGACAUUAUCAGCUGACCGAGAUCAUGAGUUGCUUUCUAUUAACACGCCUCUUGAUGAACAAGAAUUCGUAAAGAUGGCGGCUGGUGAUGACAAACUUUUGAGUUGGUCUCCUGAAGCUCAAGUUACUACCACUGCCCAUAACAAGUUGAUGAGCUCCAAGUUGCGUGUGACAUCGUCAGGAUAUGGUAUCCCAUCACCAGGUCAUAGGUUUGGGCGGCAGCGCUCUAGCAGUCUGAGUAGUGAUAACAGCUUGACAUCCGAAUCCACCAUCACAACAAGUGGCAACACAAGUCAAUAUGCUCAUUAUGGAAUGACACCAGUGCUUUAUCCAUCCGAAUCAACAAGUGCUUCCAACACAUCUCGCUCUCCAAGUCGUUUGAGUGAUUAUUCAGCUACAAGCAGUCAAACAUCUCAUACAUCAGCCAUCCCACGUCCUCAAUCAAAGUCAUAUGCAGCAUCAUCAUCAUCUUCACAACAUAACACUACCACAACCAAUACACGUCGUUUAUCUGAUAAACUAUCCAGUGACACGCUUCGCUCUUCAUCAAGAAUCGCCUCAGGUUCACGCAUCAAUUCCAAUCAAUCACGCCUUGCAAAACGUGCCACACAUGUACCUUUACCUUCUACACGCACUACACCGCCAACAGUGAUAGCCACUACAUCCCGUUCUACAGGCCUUUCAGACACCACACGUGCAUCAGCUGCUGCUAGUGGAAAUGGCAACAAUCGACCUGGAAGCCGCAUUGGUGGUGGAAGGAGGCUGAGAUCAAGCCAUAUCCCUAGUCCUCCUCAUCAUACGAGGAAUGUUGCUUCUCCCGAACCACCAUCAUCACCUGAUACCUGUUUACCAACACGUGGAGGAGGAGGAUAUCGUCCCAUGUCACCAUCGUAUGCUGGCAAUUCGCGUAUUAGCGGUAUUCGUAGCCCUACACCCACCAAUGGCAACAAACACCGUGUAAUCAACAACAACAACAACAACAAAAAAGAGGAGAGUCGUAUUGGACGACCUGCAAGCGCUGCCGUCUCAGGUAUUAGUCGAUUGGCCAAGCCAAAGAGAACUGCAUGA